GUGUGUGUGCGUGUGUGUGUGUGUGUUUUUUUUUUUUAUUAAUUGGAUCGCGAGAAUGUCAGCCACCUUUCCGGGACUGGUUCACGACGCGGAGAUACGUCACGACGGAUCAAACAGCUACCGUCUGAUGCAGCUCGGCUGCCUCGAGUCCGUGGCUAACUCGUCCGUCGCCUACUCCUCGUCGUCCCCGCUCACCUACCCGGCCACAGGGCCCGAGUUCGCCUCGCCCUACUUCCCCGCCAACCACCAGUACACGCCCCUGCACCACCAGUCCUUCCACUACGACUUCCAGCACGGCCACCCGGCCGUCAACCCGGACGCGUACUCGCUCAACCCGCUGCACCACUCGCAGCAGUACUACCAGCAGCUGCACCACCACGGCGAGCCCGCGGACUUCAUCAACCUGCACCACGGCGCGCGCGCGCUCAAGUCCUCCUGUCUGGACGAGCAGCAGCGGCGCGAGCUCGGCUGCCUCGACGCCUACAGGCGCCACGACCUGUCGCUGGUCAGCCACGGCUCGCAGUACGGCGUCCAUCCCGAGCAGAGGCUGCUGCCAGGAGCGGGGCUCGGGUUGCCCCCGCCUGGGGCCGAUGACCUGCAGGGCUCCGUGGACGCGCAGUGCGGGCUCAUGCUGAACGGGCAGGGCGGAGUGAUCCGGAGAGGUGGUACAUGUGUGGUGAACCCUACAGAUCUGUUCUGCUCUGUGCCGGGCCGGCUCUCUCUCCUCAGCUCUACCUCCAAAUAUAAAGUCACCAUCGCUGAAGUCAAGCGCCGCCUCUCUCCUCCAGAGUGUCUGAACGCCUCGCUGCUCGGAGGCAUCUUAAGGAGGGCAAAGUCUAAGAAUGGCGGUCGGUGCCUUAGAGAGAAGCUGGAUAGGUUGGGACUCAAUCUCCCAGCAGGCCGCAGAAAAGCCGCCAACGUCACCCUGCUCACCUCUUUAGUGGAAGGCGAGGCACUGCACCUGGCUCGGGACUUUGGCUACACAUGUGAGACGGAGUUUCCCACUAAAGCAGUGGGAGAACACCUGGCACGGCAGCACACAGAACCCAAGGAACAGAAUGCCCGCAAGAAAAUGGUGCUGGCCACCAAGCAGAUCUGUAAGGAGUUCCAGGAUUUGUUAAGUCAGGAUCGUUCUCCACUGGGUUCCUCGAGGCCAACGCCAAUACUGGACUUAGACAUUCAGAGACAUCUAACACACUUCAGUCUCAUCACGCAUGGUUUUGGCACGCCAGCGAUCUGUGCAGCCCUAAGCACCUUUCAGACAAUUCUGAGCGAAAUGCUAAACUACCUGGAGAAACAUUCGGCCAACAAAAGCACGGGAACGCCCGACGGCAGCCAGAUCAACUCCAGCUCUGAAAAAACACCGCUACGCAAAACUGCCGAAACGCCCACAAAAGAUGGCAAAAUGGAGAAAACUGAAUGACUGCGUCCUUCUUAGCUAAGGCGGAUCACUGCUGAAUCACU